AGCAGAAAGAAAUGACGUCGCGAUGUGUCUGUUUAUAUGGCUACAUCCAAGUGAAAUGAUUCCUCUGAUUCUCUCAGAAAUUUUGCAGUAGCUAGCGGCCUUCAUCCUUUCUCUCUCCCUCAACAACAAAAAAAUUCCCUUCUCUUUCAAGUUAUUGAUACUUGCAGGAGGGUUAUUCCAUGAAGUUUCACCAACUCAAGUAUUUACAUCUAAAGUAAAAACUUUUAUGCGUGUCUUUGAUGGGUUGCUUCUACUCAAAAACCACCAAACACACCCCUGGAUAUGAGGAGCCUAGUGUGCUUGCUGCUGAGACACCUUUCACAGUAAGUGAAGUCGAGGCAUUAUAUGAGCUAUUUAAGAAAAUAAGUGCCUCCGUAAACAAUGAUGGGCUCAUUCAUAAGGAAGAGUUUCAGCUUGCACUGUUCCAGAACAAAGAUAGGAGGAAUCUAUUUGCAGACAGGAUAUUCGAUCUCUUUGAUAUAAAACGCAAUGGAGUGAUUGAAUUUGGAGAAUUUGUCCGAUCUUUGAGUGUAUUCCACCCAAAUGCACAAACAGCAGCGAAAAUCACAUUUGCUUUCAGGUUAUAUGAUUUAAGGAACACUGGUUUUAUCGAGAGAGAAGAAUUGAAAGAGAUGGUAUUGGCACUAUUAAAUGAAUCAGAACUGGAUCUGUCAGAUGAUGUUGUUGAAACAAUUGUAGAUAAGACAUUCAGAGAUGCAGAUGUCAAUGGUGAUGGAAGAAUUGAUCCAGAAGAGUGGAAGGAAUUUGUAAUGAAGAAUCCCUCUCUUAUAAAGAACAUGACUCUUCCAUAUCUGACGGACAUAACUCUAGCAUUUCCCAGCUUUGUGGUAAGAUCUGAGGUUGAAGAUUCAGAAAUGUAGGCUACCGCAAGAAACAAAAGGUGAGAAAUUAUCUUGGAGGGAGUUUUAGUCCUCUAAAUACAUAUAAUUUUGCGAGAUGUUCACAGUUGGAGUUGGAGUUGGAGGUUGGGAUUCGAACUCAUGACCUUGUGGUUACAAAUUUGUAUCCUUAACUUUCUUAGCUUGUGCAGAUAGAAGUAGAAAUAGAUUAGCAUCUAUACAGAAGGUAGUGAACUCGACCUGCUUUGCGUUUUCUCCUGUAUGCUAAAUGUUGACAAAACUAUGAACUUGUAUUAUACUCUAUUUUAUUUGUC